UUAUUCACGUGACCUGAGCCGGCAGCGGAUGUUGCGGCAAAGAGCUUGUUUUGUUUGUUUCAUUUAUCUCUUAGUCGGUUUUAGUCGCUUUUCCGGGGAUUUAGUCGGUUUCUUUCGGUGUCAGUCGGUUUGUUUCGGCAGCUCGUCUCUUCGCUGUGGUGUGAGAAGAAGAAGAGAAGAGCAGAUGAAACAUGGCUGCUCUCUUCUUACUUCUUCUCUCUGCUCUUCUGUUUCCCUGCGCCGCUGUCAAGAUCAACCCCAUGGUGCUUGAUGAGCAAGUGCUGUGGGUGGGUGGCCAGGACUUCGUGUCCACCUACAGGAUCCCGCUGCUCACCUUCACCCCCAAGGGAAGCCUGCUGGCCUUUGCUGAGGGCAGGAAAAUGUCCGCUCGCGAUUAUGGGUCAAAGUUCAUCGCGAUGAAGCGCUCCACAGACAGAGGAGCCACCUGGUCCCCGAUGUCGUUCAUCACAGAUGAUGGAUCCGACCUGGACGGCCUGAACCUUGGCGCCGUGGUGGUGGACGAGGUGGCGCGCACAGUCAUUCUGAUCUACACCGUCUGCUUCCACCUGUACCACUGCAGCCCCGCCAGCACCAUGAUGGUGGAGAGCAAGGACGAUGGCCUGAGCUGGGGCUCGGCCAAAAACCUCUCGGUCCAGAUCGGAGUCACGAACUUUGCUCCCGGGCCAGGAACCGGCAUCCAGAAGCGUCGUGAUCCAAUGAAAGGCAGGUUGGUGGUUUGUGGUCACGGAACAAUAGAGGGUGACGGCGUUUUCUGCAUCCUGAGUGACAACCACGGAAAAAACUGGACCAACGGUGCAGCGCUGAAAAGCAUCCCCUUCAACCAGGAGAAGAGGCCGCAGGACUUCAACCCUGACGAGUGCCAGCCAGUCGAGAUGCGGGACGGCAGCAUCAUCAUCAAUGUGCGGAACCAGAACAACUACCACUGCAGGUGUCGCAUAGUGGCGCGCAGCCGUGACGCGGGAAUGACCCUGCCCAUAGAGGAUAUGUACUUCGACUACGAACUGGUGGAUCCUGCAGUGGCAGCCGCGGCGCUGCUGAAAGAGGGAGUGAUGUUCUUCGUCAACCCCUCCAGCGAGCACUACAGAGUUAACCUAACCUUGCGUUGGUCGCUGACUGAUGGGAACUCUUGGGAGAGAAAUGCAUUCCAGAUAUGGCCGGGGCCGAGCGGCUACUCCUGCAUGACAUCGCUGGACAACGGUUCUGUCGAGGACAAGAAGUACAUCUUCGUCAUCUACGAGAAAGGCCACAAAGACCUUGACGAGACUAUCUCGUUCGCCAAGAUCCACCUGUAUGGUGGCCUGUAAAGUUUGUGAAUAGGAGGUAAGGACGUAAACUUUAGGAAUCAAGCAUAUGAGGUGCAACAAAUAAAGACUGAUUUGUUUACUCUUGAUUUGAUUCAGGUGAAAAAUGCAUUUCUGAUGGUUUUUUUCACACCACUGUUUAACUUUCACAUCAUUUCUUUGUCUCUGAAAUUCAAACACUGAAGGGAAAAGGAAACAGAAAGAGAUUGUCUGCUCCUGCGAAUCUCUCAGGAAGAAAAGAGUAGACGUUUAAGACUCUGAUUAUGAAGUUAAAUAUGGGAAAUGUAUGUAUAGAAAGAUGGACGAUGCAUCUUCACUAUCCAGAAAUGAAGCCAAAAUAUCCCGGAUAGAAACGUUAGAAUCGUGAGCUUUUGGAACCAGAGUUUGUACAGUUGUGAUCAGGGGAUGGAGCUGUAUUGGCAAUAAAUGCAGUUUGGUUCAGACAGGUCAUUCAGUUUGGUUUCAGUUUGGCUUCACUUUCAGGGAGCUGCCAUGUCGUCCAUCUUAAUAUACAAUCUGUACUUGGCACCACGAAUGUCUUAACAUGUUCGGCCUAUGAUGAACUCUGAAAAUGCCUUCUUUUUCCGUUCUUCAAAAUUCCCACUGUUGAUUAUAUCACAAGUCUGUUUCCAGACAAGAGGAAAUAAUGAUAAAGGGAUAGAUUUGUAAAAAUAAUGUACAGACCAAAAAAACACCAGUUUAUACAUAAUUCAGACCAUAGUGUAAGUUUUGUCUGUUUUGAAGCUUCAUUUUAAAUAUUGCACAAUACCUAUAGUAACUAUUUCACCAGUUUUCCAUGCAGUUAGACUUUUGACAAACUGUUUGAUCUUCAUGGUCUAAUAACAUGGAUAGUGAUGCUACUCUGAAAUUGUUUUUAAACACAGAUGAUCCAUGCCAGAAUUGAAUUGACAUGAAUUGAAAGUAUUACUCUAUCCUUGGUUCUGGUGUGAAAGGAUUCCUAUUUUCUCACAUAAUACAGUUUUCUCCUUAAGAAAUCCAAUCAAUCAAAAUCAAAUGAUAUGUGGGCCUGUGCUUGUAAUCAUGAUAAAUUUUAAAUUGUGUAGAUGCGAGUGUGUAAUGAAUACAUUCAGACUCUAACUGAUUCUGUUGUUGCUAAAAGCCUUUUGUGUGUCUGACUAAAUGUGGGAAUGAAUGGAAAGUACAUAAUGUAUCCUCUUUUGCACUUGUACAGUGUAUUCUGAUGUUUUGUAAUCAGCCUCUUGCCAUUGAUGCUUCAGGCAAAGGAAUCUAAUGAUGUUAAUGAGCAGUGACUGCGCAAUAAAGACCACUUCAACACUGA